CCCAAGUGACACCGGAAUCAAACAAGAGCGCGUGCGCAGCUGCGCAGUCACUCCGAAAACAUGGCGGUUCUUCUUGAAACAACAUUGGGUGAUAUCGUCAUUGAUUUAUUUACAGAAGAAAGGCCUAAAAGUAAGAACAUAUGCACCAACACAUCAAAAGGCUAAUAUUUGGUAACACACAGCAUACAUUUCAUAAUAAUUAAAGCUUCUCAGGAAGUCAAAUCUCGCCUUUUAAGUUGCUGCUAGCAAGUGCUAGCUAGCUAACAGGUAACAAGAUAGCCAACCAUUCAUUUACCGAGCGAUAGCAAAUGCUGACUGUUGCUAAUUUGUUAAUUGGAUAUUUCGGCUAGCUAACAAACAUUUAAAAAAAUAGGAUUGCUUUGGGGACACUUCAUCUGAUCGUUCACGCUGUGUUGAUGUGGUGCAAUCAAUGAAACUCAGGGAAAGGAAAUCCUAAUGUCUUAUAAAUGUGAUGUGUUGCUAACAUAAUGAUGAUCAGCUCGUUUUUUUUUCAGCAUCCCUGAAUUUCCUGAAGUUAUGCAAAAUCAAAUUCUACAAUUACUGCCUCAUCCACAAUGUCCAGAGAGAUUUUAUUGUGCAGACUGGAGAUCCCACUGGGACUGGCCGUGGUGGAGAAUCUGUCUAUGGGUCAGUCGUCUUCCUCAGCAUAAACAGCAUUGUCCAAAAUCAUCAUCACAGCUGUUGUUUAUAUCUUACAGGAAUGUUGAUAAUUUAUUUUCUAUACCCUCAGUAAACUAUAUGGAGACCAGGCCCGCUUCUAUGAUGCAGAGAAAAACCCACGGAUCAAACACAGAAAGAAGGGGAUGGUGUCCAUGGUGAACAAUGGCAGUGACCAACAUGGUUCUCAGGUUGGUAAAACUGCCAUCCACCUCCUCAGUAUUUAACUGCUAUCAGUUUGAAAGCCACAAUGUUAGCCUACUGAUUCAAGUAGGACAGAUGGCAAGCAUCUGAAAUCUUUUAUUUGUGCUGUAACAAUCUCCUUGCUCCCCAGUUCCUGAUCACCACUGGUGAAAAUCUGGACUACCUGGAUGGGGUCCACACUGUGUUCGGAGAGGUGUCAGAGGGUAUGGACGUCUUGGCCAAGAUCAAUGAGACCUUCGUUGACAAGGACUUCAUCCCUUUUCAGGAUAUCAGGUCAGCAGAUUUAAUAUCCUUUAAUCAUAUUUCAAUAUAGCCAUUUUAGAGGGAGAUUAGAAUAUAAUUUUAUUUUAAAAAAUAUUCACUCACUGUUCCAGGAAUACCUAGAGUGCAGGGUUUCCGUUAGCCGGUAACAGCCGGCUUUUGGCCGAUUUAACAAAUAAAUAGAAAAGCCGAUAAAUAAAAUUGGCGCCGGCCAGAUUAACCUAUAGACCAAUAAGCAUGACCAGACAAAUGUAUUUACAUCGACUGGUAUUUCAAUUAAUUAAUAGGCUAAAAAGCAUUAUUUUGCAACAUGGAUUUUUUCCUAGAUAAAAAUUAUGCUUUUUAGCCUAUUCAUUGAUGGAAAUACAUUUGACUGGUCAUUCUUAUCGGUCUAUAGGUUAAUUUGCAUAAUUUGGUGAAAUUAAAUUGGCGUGUGGGUACAAUAUAUUUGUUAUGCAUCGUAUUUAUCACACGCGUACAGUAUACAGAUACAGAGCCUUUGAGUGGAAAAUCUGUCAGACAGCGCGAGAGCUGCUGCUACAGCAUUUCAAACAGCAUGCAUAGGCAACAGAAAGCAGGCUUCAUCAGCGUGUCACACACCACUUUGCAAUGAGCUGGAGGCAGUAUGCAUUCUGAAAACAUAUACUUAAUUGUUUGAAAACUGAAUGUUUUACUACAUAUUAUGAGGCAUGUCUUACCUUGCUUCAAAGUAGCCUACCCAAAAUCAAACCCAUAUCCGUGGAGGCAAUUAUUUUAUAUCAACUUUCUUUCAUUGUCCAGUAGCCAAAGGCACAAUCCUAGUCCUAAUAUUACCAACCCAUGCUAGUUGUUGCAUAUUAGAUCUUCACUCUUUCUAAAUUUCAAACAGAUAUUUUAAUAUCUGUCACAUGAAACCACACACAUGUGCGGUGCACUUUGACAACGGUGUUUUCCCACUAAUUGCAUUGUGGAAAGAAAAUGUGUGUGUAGACUACUGCCUUGUGCGCACUGCUGCACUUAUAAUGUGAAUAAAUAAUAAUUUAUCAACAUUUAAGCUAAAGGUUCUGAUCUGUUGCGUCAGACUCAUUGCUUUUGAACGUUUUUUUAAUGAUGCCUACUUGUAUGAAUUUGGGAUCUAUUGUCCCGCAACUGUCCCAGAGUCUGUUUGGAAUAGGCUAUUUCUUUCCUCGACAAGCUGACCAAUAGAAUAGGUCAACUUUUCUACUAUGGGUGAUAGUAUACUGAACAAAAAUAUAAACGCAACAUGUAAAUUGUUGGUCCCAUGUUUCAUGAGCUAAAAUAAAAGAUCCCAGACAUUUCUCACAUGCACACAUUUGUUUACAUCCCUGUUAGUGAGCUCCUUUGCCAAGAUAAUCCAUCCACCUGACAGGUGUGGCAUAUCAAGAAGCUGAUUAAACAGCAUGAUCAUUACACAGGUGCACCUUGUGCUGGGGACAAUAAAAGGUCACUCUAAAAUGUGCAGUUUUGUCACACAACACAAUGCCACAGAUAUCUAAAGUUUUGAGGGAGUUUUCAAUUGGCAUGCUGACUGCAGGACUGUCCACCAAGGCUUUUACCAGAGAAUUGAAUGUUCAUUUCUCUACCAUAAGCCGCCUGCAACGUCGUUUUAGAGAAUUUGUCGUUUUAGAGAACAGUACGUCCAACCGGCCUCACAACCGCAGACCAUGUGUAACCACGCCAGCCCAGGACCUCCACAUCUGGCCUCUUCACCUGCAGGAUCGUCUGAGACCAGCCACCCGGACAGCUGAUGAAACUGUGGGUUUGUAAAACCGAAGAAUUUCUGCACAAACUGUCAGAAACCGUUUCAGGGAAGCUUGUCUGCGUGCUCGUCGUCCUCACCAGGAUCUUGACCUGACUGCAGUUUGGCGUCGUAACCGACUUCAUUGGGCAAGUACUCACCUUUGAUGGCCACUGGCACGCUUGAGAAGUGUGCUCUUCACGGAUGAAUCCCGGUUUCAACUGUACCGGGCAGAUGGCAGACAGUGUGAAUGGUGUCGUGUGGGCGAGCGGUUUGCUGACGUCAACGUUGUGAACAGAGUGCCCCAUGGUGGGGUUAUGGUAUGGGCAGGCAUAAGCUACAAACAACAAACACAAUUGCAUUUUAUCGAUGGCAAUUUUCCAUUCAUCCGCUGCCAUCACCUCAUGUUUCAGCAUGAUAAUGCACAGCCCCAUGUCGCAAGUAUUUGUACACAAUUCCUGGAAGCUGAAAAUGGCAUGCAUACUCACCUGACAUGUCACCCAUUGAGCAUGUUUGGGAUGUUCUGGAUUGACGUGUACGACAGCGUGUUCCAGUUCCUGUCAAUAUCCAGCAACUUCACACAGACAUUGAAGAGGAGUGGGACAAUAUUCCACAGGUCACAAUCAACAGCCUGAUCAACUUUAUGCAAAGGAGAUGUCGCGCUGCAUGAGGCAAAUGGUCCAUACCAGAUACUGACUGGUUUUCUGAUCCACAUACAUCCCUUUUUUCAAGGUCUCUGUGACCAACAGAUGCAUAUCUGGAUUCCCAGUCAUGUGAAAGCCAUACAUUAUGGCCUAAUGAAUUUAUUUCAAUUGACUGAUUUCGUUAUAUGAACUGUAACUGUAAAUCUUUGAAAUUGUUGUAUGUUGUGUUUAUAUUUUUGUUCAGUGUAGAUUGACAUAGGCUAGAGAUUUUGCUGUUCAUUACUCAUCUUGUUGGCUGAGGAAAAGGCUGAGGGCCUCCUGUAGCUCAGUUGGUAGAGCAUGGCGCUUGCAACGCCAGGGUUGUGGGUUCGAUUCCCACGGGGGGCCAGUAUGAAAAAUGUAUGCACUCACUAACUGUAAGUCGCUCUGGAUAAGAGUGUCUGCUAAAUGACUAAAAUAUAAAAUGAAAAGUAACAUCUUCAAAGUGCGCAUCAGAAUUCGGCUCGCACAUCGUUGCAUCCUCGACUUGCAUUUUCAGUUAAUAUGAAUUAUCGUAAUCUAAAUGGGAUUUCUGUCUUGCUGACCACUGUGGGUGGACACCCUAAUCAGGUUACGCACCCAAUGCGUAUGGGUCUGGUACAUUUCUCAAAUGUCUGGUAAAUUAAGGGUGCAAUAUGCAGAAAUCGCUCCGCCAUUUCCUGUUUGCUAAAAUUCUAAUAGUUCGCCUAAUUUCAGUUUAUGUGACAAAACAAGCAAGAAUAGUGUAGAGAAUCAUUGUACCAUCUAAACCGCUGUGAAAUAUAUUUUCCAUAGCCAAAAAUAUUGUAUUUUCAGCUGUUUGAAGCUGGUGUACAAAACCAAAAGUAAAAGACGCUAAAACGAAACUUAAGAACGGGAAGCAUAAAAAUAGCACACAUAGAACAGAUCUACCGCUUCUUAGACUUGCUUUCAAUGACAAUGACAGAUCUAUAACUCCCAUUUAUAUGUGAAUUUGGUCGGGUCGCCCAAAAAGUUGCAUAUUGUAGCUUUAAAAUGUCCGGCGGCACAUUUUCCUAACGUAAACCCUGCUAGAGUGGUGUCAAUACAAUGACUCAGACAUCCCAGUAUAAGGUGGAGAGAAAAGGGGUAUGAUACUUGUUUUGUCAUUACAGAAUAAACCACACUGUGAUCUUGGAAGACCCUUUCGAUGACCCUGCUGACCUGCCCGUGCCUGACCGCUCCCCUGAGCCUACCAAGGAACAGCUGGAUGUGUGUGACUGGACACUUUCUGUACCAUUUAAUUAAAAGCAAUGCAUAUCUCCCUUUCAGAGCAAAAGUAUUGGAAACAAUAUUACUUUCAUAUAAAGUAGUAAGGUUUCAGUUAUAGUUCAUUAUGGUCUUCAAUACCAGAAAACAAGUAACUGUGAUGCAACUUUUGACGUUUUGAUGUUAUGUACUGGGCGGCGCACAAUUGGUCCAGCGUCGUCCAAGGUAGGGGAGGGUUUGGUCGGCAGGGAUGUGGGUUCGUUUCCCACGGGGGGCCAGUAUGGAAGAAAGAAAUAUAUAAAUAAAAAUAAAAUGUAUGCAUUCACUAACUGUAAGUCGCUCUGGAUAAGAGCUUCUGCUAAAUGACUUAAAUGUAAAAUGUACUGUACCCCAUUAAUUUGCAAAGUCUAACCUUACUGUCCCCGCUUUGGUGUGCAGAGUGGUCGUAUUGGAGCUGAUGAAGUGAUCAACGACACAGAUGGGAAGAAGGCUGAGGAGCUGGAUGAGCUGUUGAAGGAGAAGGAGGCCAAGACCCAGGCCAUCCUGCUGGAGAUGGUGAGAGGGGGGGUCUUGUGGUUAGGUCUACCUAGCCUUGUAGAGGAUGUCCAUACUUUCAGGAGUAAUGGCAGAAUACAUUUUGUAACACUCAACAUGACCACGUAUUUGUACAGAUUGCUGUUGAAGAACCCAACAGUACUUCUACUGUCGUAGUUAAUUAGCUAGUGAACAUAUUAGUGUUGUAAACAGUAUAUGGUGGUUUUAUAAGAGUUUUGUGGUUUCAGAGACAUUGUGUAUGUGCAUAUGUGCUUGUGUAGGUGGGUGAUCUCCCUGAUGCGGAAGUGAAACCUCCUGAGAAUGUGCUGUUCGUGUGUAAGCUGAACCCUGUAACCACAGAUGAGGACCUGGAGAUCAUCUUCUCCCGCUUCGGACUUAUUAAGUGGUAAAAUAGACCCUGUCUAUUUCAAUAUACUGGCCUCCAUUACACUACGAUACAUAUUUAAUUCUAAAUAGACCAAGUCCUAACCAUUUUAAAUAUUGAUUCUUGGUGAAAUGUCCCUUAUUAACAUGUUCUUAUUUUGCUACAGCUGUGAGAUCAUCAGAGACUGGAAGUCAGGAGAGUCCCUGUGCUAUGCUUUCAUUGAGUUUGAAAAGGUGUGUAUUGGUUUGGUUUUCACAAGAUUUCUUUAUGUAUCAUGAGUUAUCAUAAAAUAAUUUUUGCCCUAUUUUGAUUAUGCAUGGAAAUAAAUGUUGAGCAUUGCUCCACUCAGAUUCAUAAGUACACUGAACAAAAAUAUAAACGCAACAUGUAAAGUGUUGGUCCCAUGUUUCAUGAGCUGAAAUAAAAAAUCCCAGAAAUGUUCCAUACGCACAAAAAGCUUAUUUCUCUCAAAUGUUGUACACAAAUUUGUUUACAUCCCUGUUAGUGAGCAUUUCUCCUUUGCCAAGAUAAUCCAUCCACCUGACAGGUGUGGCAUAUCAAGAAGCUGAUUAAACAGCAUGAUCAUUACACAGGUGCACCUUGUGCUGGGGACAAUAAAAGGCCACUCUAAAAUGUGCAGUUUUGUCACACAACACAAUACCACAGAUGUCACAAGUUUUGAAGGAAUGUGCAAUUGGCAUGCUGACUGCAGGACUGUCCAUCAGAGCUGUUAGCAGAUAAUUUAAUGUUAAUUUCUCUACCAUAAGCCAGCUCCAAUGACAUUUUAGAGAAUUGUACGUCCAACCGGCCUCAACUACAGACCACGUGUAAUCAGGCCAGCCCAGGACCUCCACAUCCAGCUUCUUCACCUGCUGGAUCGUCUGAGACCAGCCACCCAGGCAGCUGAUGAAACUGACGAGUAUUUCUGUCUGUAAUAAAGUCCUUUUGUGGGGAAAAACUCAUUUUGAUUGGCUGGGUCUGGCUCCCAAGUGGGUGGGCCUAUGCCCUCACAUACCCACCCAUGGCUGCGCUCCUGCCCAGUCGUAAAAUCCAAAGAUUAGGACCUAAUGAUUUUAUUUAAAUUAACUGAUUUCCUUAUAUGAACUGUAACUUUGAAAUUGAUGCAUGUUGCAUUUAUAUUUUAGUUCAGUAUACAAAUCAAGACAGAGAAAUGUAAAGAUUGAGAUUAAUUUUUGAACAGUUCAAGUGCCGUUAUGCACAAUAUCAAUAGAUGGCGCCAGUUAGUCAGAAUUGAGGGUACAAAUUCAUUCACUUGAAAGGGUCAUGGUUUUGUUUACUGAAAUUGAUUUCCUUGUUCACUAGACACAUAAGGGCUCACAUUACCCUCUUUAAGAUGUAAUUGAUGUCCUUUCUGUGCACAGGAGGAGGACUGUGAAAAGGCCUUCUUUAAGAUGGACAACGUGCUCAUAGAUGACAGACGCAUACACGUGGACUUCAGCCAGUCUGUCUCAAAGAUCAAAUGGAAAGGCAAAGGUAAACACUUAUUUAAAACAAAUCACUUGGACUUUUAUUUAAAGGUUUUGUGUGUUCCAUAAAGUAUGCAUUAUGUAUACUUUCAGAGACUCAACUAAGCCCUAAUUAGGCACUUGAGCUAAAGGAUUUGCCAUUCACCUUCUCUGAUAAGUAGAGAACUUAACAAGGUCUUAUUUUGUUUUCUAGGUGGAAAGUAUACCAAGGAUGACUUCAAGGCCUAUGAAAAAGACGUGGGAUCCAAAUUAGCUCUUAAGGAUAAAGUCAAACCUAAGCAAGAGUAUCCUUAAAUGUGUUUAUAUUUGCUAUUCGAUAUGUAGAGGAGAAUAGGCGUUAAAGUGUAAAAUACUUCAACUCAACUGUGCACCAUUUCACAUAGCUAUCAGGUUAGAGAGAGGUCAACUAUUGUUGGAGGAUAUUAAAUGUCUCUGAAAGACUUGGAAUUACACACUUUACUUCCUAAAAUGUUCCUAAACGUUCUCAAAAGCUCCAAGUACGACCUGCUUUUAGAGGAAGAGGAAGAAGGAACGAGCCAUCGGCAUGCUGAGAAGAAACACAAAGAUAAGAAACACAAUCACUCCGAUGACGAGGAAACCAGGAAAUCCAAAAAAUCCAAGGUUGAUCUAAUUGUUUUCCUUGUGGUGGGCGGGGGAAGGAGCCAUGUAUUUUUUUUUCACACGAAUGUUCAGUAAGGGCAUUAGAGUAAGAAUCAGAGUAAGCAUGACUCAUGUCAUUUGGGAAUGGUUUAUCAUUUCAACAGUUGUGACACCAGUCACUCAAGUCAGAGAUGUAUCUUUAACCUUUUUCAAACCUCAUUCUCUCCCUAUGUUACACCUACAGUGGAACAGUGAGGAGGCCAGGCCGGAGAAAAAGACAGACCGGCAGCAUUCUCGCUCCAGGGAAAGAGACAGAGACAGCCACAACAAGCACAGCAAGUCCCGUGAAAAGCACCGGCCGGAGAGGAGCCGCAGUCGCUCACCCAAGAAGUCUAAAGACAAGGAGAGGAGCAGACACCGAUGAUGAGAGAGGGAAAGGAACAGGGUUGAGGCCAAUUCCAUUUCAACUCCCCAUCAAUAUACUGAAUUGGAAAAUCUUCUUUGAAAAUAAAUGUCAGUUCCUUUCAUGAAUUGACUGAAUUGAAAUGGAAUUGGACCGCCCUGAUACCUGCCACUGUGGCCCCUACUACCCCACCACCCCCCAUGUUUGGGAGAGUAGCACCAGGGACUCAGCCCUCAUGUUACAUGGAAAAUAUUUACCCUGGGAUGUUUACCCUAAUUACCUGGAAAUAACACAGUGUUACAUAACCUGAGAACACUGCUCAUCGUGUGAGAACACUGCAUGAAUAAUACAAUUAUUUUUCAGGCUGAACUGCUGGAUUUCUAUAGGGCAACAUUCUGUAUUUAGGUCUACACAGCAUUUUCCGAAUCAGUCUACAUACACACAUAACUAAAUCAGUAAGGUUGUAUAAGUAAAUUUGUGUUUUGGUUUGACUUGUACCCCACCCCCCUUUCUCUGUUUAUCAAUGGGCAGGUGAAUGAUUUCUCCCCCCCCAUGUUUGACCUUUGGACUGUAGUUGUUUUUUUUACUGCUUUUGUACAGUAAAUAAAUGUACCAAGCUAACAAACGUUCCCACAACUUUAACCCUCAGACACAUUAAUGUUCUUAAAACGCAUCUAGAACAUAGUAUAUUCUGAGAAUAUUGUAACCACGUUCUAAAUAAGUAAUUUUUUACUUUAAGGGAAUGUUCUCAGCUUUAACACCAACACAUGAUAACAUUAUAAGAAGGUUUUUGCUAACAUUGAUAGAAUGUUCCCCCAACUAAAGGAAAACUGGACACUCAAACAUUAGGGUAACAUUACAAAACCUUUCUCUCUACCUAGAAUUGUUAGCUGGGUAGAGGGCAGGGAAAGCAUUAGUUGUCUGCACUGCAGAAUCCCUUUGUCAUCCUCCCCACGAGUUUGAGCAGUAUGUCACUGAAAUAGCAUGAUACCCACUGUUAUAGUCAGGACGGAGUCCUGAUUUUCAUGACUUAUGACUUGAGUUGGAUUCGACCAUUGGUGACUCGGACUCGCCUUCUCGUGACUUGUAUUUGCACUUGGAUUAGAUAGGGUACUAUGAUAAGGAGAAUAUUAGCAGCACUGGGUGCGCAGAACAGCAAGGGUUCUGUUAUCUAGCAGUGGAAAGGACACGCCACACCCAGCACAUAGCCUACAUCAGCUGGUGAGCUGCAUGGGAGCAAGCGAUGAUUGUGGACAGACAGGCAGGCUCUGCUCCGCCAAUCAUAGGCUACACAUCGCACAAGCGACUCUCUUGCUUCCCCAUAACCACCAGUCACCAGCCUACUAUUUAGUUUUGCCUGGGUAAGAAACACAAACUGCUUUAAGAAAUUGAAAACAAUACUAGUAUUGAGUUUAAUGGUAAAACAACAGUCUAGCUAUUUGUCUCCCUCCCCUUGUGUAUAGACAAAUAGGCUGUCUUUGAAUUUGUCAUCUAGCCCUACCCACCUCCCACUUUCCCCCGUGCAUCCCAUAGCCAGGUUCUGACAAGUCUACCUUUAGUUUUCACUCUGCAAUAAAAAACCUACAGAAAUAUCAGUGGGCGAUUACAAAGAAGUAUCUGAGAGCCUGACUUAUCAUUCAUAUAUGUAGUAAGUAAGUAGUUAAACACAGGUAUUGAGUAGAACCUGUGAGGUAGUGAUAACUAGUAAAUUAGUUGUUUUCUCAUGAGGGAGUGGCGAUAUACUGCCAUCUGGUGGCGACUAGAAACAAUUGUAUAAUAAGAUCUAUUAUAAAUUGAUGGACAUAACCAUUGGUGACUUGGAUUCGACUCGGACUUCAGCCAUAGGGUAUCAUGACUCGGCUCUGACUUGAGCACAGGGGACUUGACUCGGGCUCAAGGCUUAGUGACUCGACUACAACACUGAUAAUAACUCACCUUCCACCUCCCUGAGUGAUAUGAAAAGAAGUGGGAGGCAGCCAUGCAGGCUGAAAGUUUUGUGAGCCACAUUCAUAAAUGAGGUAUCCUCUUUUGGCUACAGUUUUAAAUGUUUUUGGUCAGUAUAUUGGCAGUACUGUCAGAGAGGGUAUUAAUUAGCCCAACGUAAAUCAUGUGUUGAAGUUUAUUAGGUGCAUGUGUGGGGAAAACCAAAGGAGAGCUAGAUAUAAUUCGAGAAAGUCCUGACCCAUAGUGUUCAGAAUAAUGUUUUAAGCCUUAGCCGACAUAGAAGAAUAGCACAGUGAGGGGUGCAUGUGCAGCUAGCUAACAGUCGUUAAGUUUUACACAGGGCCUCUCCUUGUACAACGCUGUGGUUCACCACUUCUAGCCCCCUCGGAGUUCGCGGAAUUAAAGUACGAGAGACCCCGGCCAACAUUCACCAUAAUUAGUCUUUUGACAUUUCACAAAUCAUUUCAUAUUUGGUUGUUUCUCAGAAUGAGAUGCCAUUUUGAAGCUCCCUAUAAUGGGUUGUUUUUAACUUGUACUGAGCGAGAGAGUAUGCAAGUAUUGUUCUCUUUCGUUUUCGUAACGGGUCGCCAAACGACCUAUGGGAACUCCUUCACGCUAUGUGAUUGAGAUGCUUAAUAUCAAAGAUCUUUACAGUCACGCCACACCCUUAAUGUACCCAUGUGACCUGUCACUAUAAAAGACGGUGUGGCGUGACAUACUGUCUAUUCUUCACUCACAUGUGUUUUACAUUACAAGAUUGCUAUUAAUCCCCUUCGGAUUACUUUCUUACGCAAUUACGAUUUUUCAACGACUCGAGGAGGUGCCGUGAGUAGUUGAUUUUUAUCAAAUCUACUCCCCCUCUAACUUGUUAUUGUGCCUGCUCAUACUAGCUCACUUUUAUUGCUUUUUGUCGGGCAUUUCCAUCCUUGUGUGUUAGCUAGCUAGUUAGCUUUGGGUCAAUCCUGUACCUUGGAAGUUACAGUGCCUUGCAAAAGUAUUCAUCCCCCUUGGCGUUUUUACUAUUUUGUUGCAUUACAACCUGUAAUUUAAAUGGAUUUUUAUUUGGAUUUCAUGUAAUGGACAUACACAAAAUAGUCCAAAUCGGUGAAGUGAAAUGAAAAAUAUAACUUGUUCUACAAAAUAAAUAACGGAAAAGUGGUGCGUGCAUAUGUAUUCACCCGCUUUGCUAUGAAGCCCCUAAAUAAGAUCUGGUGCAACCAAUUACCUUCAGAAGUCACAUAAUUAUUUAAAUGAAAUCCACCUGUGUGAAAUCUAAGUGUCACAUGAUCUGUCACAUGAUAUCAGUAUAUGUACACCUGUUCUGAAAGGCCCCAGAGUCUGCAACAUCACUUAGUAAGGGGCACCACCAAGCAAGCGACACCAUGAAGACCAAGGAGCUCUCCAAACAGGUCAGGGACAAAGUUGUGGAGAAGUACAGAUCAGGGUUGGGUUAUAAAAAAUAUAUAUCUGAAACUUUGAACAUCUCAUGGAGCACCAUCAAAUCCAGUUUUUUUUUGCCUGGAAGAAUGGCCAAAAAUCCAAGUGGCUAGAUGUGCCAAGCUUAUAGAGACAUACCCCAAGAGACUUGCAGCUGUAAUUGCUGCAAAAGUAUUGUCUUUGGGGGGAGUGAAUAGUUAUGCACGCUCAAGUUCUGUUUUUUUGUCUUAUUUCUUGUUUGUUUCACAAUAAAUGUUUUCAAAGUGGUAGGCAUGUUGUUUAAAUCAAAUGAUACAAACCCCCAAAAAAUCCAUUUUAAUUACAGGUUGUAAGGUCAACCAAAUAGGAAAAAUGCCAAGGGGGGUGAAUACUUUGGCAAGCCACUGUAGCUCGUAGCUAGCUAGCUAAAUUAGCCACAUAUACAGUGAGCUCCAAAAGUAUUGGCACAAUGACACAUUUCUUGUUGUUUUGGCUCUAUACUCCAGCACUUUGGAUUUGAAAUGAUACUGUCAUGGGGUCUGCACCCAAGUUUGAUGAAUUCAGUUCUUCAAAGACUAAGACAUGCAUCCCUUUGUUCAAAGACUUGUGCGUGAGCUCCAAUGCACUUGGAGUAUGCCAAAUGACAGAACCCCUGCCAUGCAAAGCAUAUGCACUCGCUUAGCUACAGUUCAUGGAACAGAUGAGAAUGGUUUUGGCUAUUUCCCUCAUAUGGACAAAUAAUUUGCAUCACCACUUCUGCCUGCUUCUCAUCACAAUUCAGACCAAUAGCUGCCUAACAAACGAUGCAGGACAUUUAAAAAGGACACAUGAAAGCACUGCUUCAGCCACUAGGCUUAGCAAUUCAGCAGCGAUACUGGCCUUGUAGGAGCUGCAGGAACCCCUCCACAAACAAAGACGCUGAGACCAUGAAAGAACUGGCUACAGUUAGACCUGAUCAUCCAAUGCCUUCAGGGCAAUGCUCAGAUGGUUGGGAAAUCUUUGGCAACAGUGUCGGUUGCACAACGCCACCUAUGGUUAGCGCAGUCCAAGCUCCCUGACAAAGAGAAGGUUCCACUCCUAGGUGUACCCAUAUCACCUGGCCGGACAUUGGGCAGCAGCGGCCCACAUCCUCCAAGUGUUUAAGGAGGACAGAGAAACACAGAUGGCGCUUCAGCGCCUCAUUUCAAAGCCUUGAAUGCAUCAGCCAGCAAACCAUUACUCCAGUCCCAGGGCCCCAACUGGGUUGGCAAGAAACCAGGCUCAGACUCACGCUGCACCUGCUCAGGAGUGGAGGAACAGACACACUCAGCCCUACCGAAGAGGUGGAGCGCGGCAUCGCCCAAGAGGCAGAGGCACACCAUAUGCAGGCUGCGUCCCCUCUGCACCACAGCACGCAGAGCCUCGGUCCUGAUGGGACCGACUCUCUAGAGCAACACCGUUUGCUCGAGCGCCACCUUUCCAGCUGGAAA